AUGCGAGGGUUUCGUGAAGUUUUGGGUUAUGCUGAUUUAAUUGACCUGGGCUACUUUGGAGUUCCAUAUACUUGGAGUGAUUCUGAGACAAAACUGCGUUUGGAUAGAGCAGUGGCCACUCCAACAUGGCUAGAACUGUUCAUGCAUUCUAGGGUUAUUCAUCUUCCACCAAAAAUUGAGAGAACUGGUAUUGCUUUGGAUCGAUGGCAGAGAGCUACUUUUGGGGAUCGACAAAAAGCAAUGUUAGUAGUUAGACAAAGAUUGGAGGUGAUUAUGGGGCUCCCUCACUCUACUGAACUUCAGGAAGAAAAGGUUGACCUUAUGGCUCAAUUAGAACUGCUUCUAUCUCAAGAUGAGGCUUACUGGUCUCAACGAGCUAAGGUAGCUUGGCUUAAAGAUGGGGACAGGAAUACUGGGUAUUUUCAUCGAAAGGCUUCUAAUCGCAAACGAAAAAACUUCGUCAUUGGGUUGUUUGAUAAUGAGGGCACUUGGUUUGAAGAUGAUGUCUGA